ACAACCAAUUAUCCCCUCUUAAUUGACUCCUCCAACAUAAUACUUCCUGAACAAACACACUAGCUAGCUAGUUGAAGACGAUGGCAUCGCCGCAAUUCCAAUCAACAACAACACUAUUUUCUCUGGCAACUCUGCUUCUUCUGCUAAUCCUAGCUACCGGCUCAAACGCCGCCAGCAUCGCCAUCUACUGGGGCCAAAACGGCCCCGCGGAGGGCACAUUGGCCCAGACUUGCGCCACUGGAAAAUACCAAUUCGUCAACAUAGCCUUCCUGCCCGUUUUCGGGCAGGGUCGUCGCGCCCCUGUCAUGGACCUAUCGGGCCACUGCGACCCCAAUUCAGGGGGUUGCAGUGACCUGUCCUCCGACAUCCGGUUGUGUCAAUCUAGAAGAACAAAAGUGUUCCUCUCGAUCGGCGGCGGGGCGGGGAGGUACUCCCUGUCCUCCACUGCGGACGCCAGGCGGUUCGCGAUUUAUCUCUUCAACAGCUUUCUGGGCGGGAGGCCAGCUUCCGCGACCUCCCGCCCGCUAGGUCCGGCCGUGCUCGAUGGGAUCGAUUUCGACAUCGAGCUCGGCUCGAACCGGCACUACGACGAGCUGGCGAGAUUUCUCUCCCAGUUGGGCGGUCGGGGGAGGAAUCGAAUCUACUUAUCCGCCGCUCCGCAGUGCCCGUUCCCCGACGCGAUGAUGGACAGCGCGCUGCAGACGGGUCUGUUUGACUACGUUUGGGUCCAGUUUUACAACAAUCCGCAGUGCGAGUUUAAGCCGAGCGGUGGGGUGAAGGAUCUGGUGGACGCCUGGAAGAAAUGGAAUGGGAUUCCGGCGGGAGAGAUAUUCCUGGGCCUGCCGGCGUCUCAGAGCGCGGCCGGCAGCGGGUUCGUUGCGGCGGGUGAUCUUGUGUCCGAGGUUCUUCCGGUGAUCGAACGGUCGCCCAAGUACGGAGGGAUAAUGCUGUGGUCCAAGUUCUAUGAUGACCAAACUGGGUAUAGCCGCGCCGUCAGGUCUCGGGUGUAGCUGGCGGCGGCUUGGAGAAUCUAAUGGAUGUUUACGAGGGCUAAAACUAAAGUGGUGAUUGAAUUGAAUAAAUUGGUGCAACGACU